AUGGCAGCAGCGGAAACCACAACAGAAAACACAGCCCAGCCUCCUAAGGGGCUGAGAGCGUGGCUCGGGGAUUUAUUUACAAGUAAAGCAGUCAGAGAAGAGUUGGAUGAUCUAAAAAAGAGAGUUGGAAAAAAUGAAGAAGCCAUUGCAACCAACUCAGAGACUAUGAUGUCGUUGGUACGAUCGGUAUCCGAUCUGGCAGGUCAUAGUGAUACGCUGUUGACCCAAACACUGCAACUUCAACAAAAAGUCGGCGAAUUUAGUGCUCGUAUGGCUGCUUUGGAACUCGUUACUGGUCUAGUCAACGCUCAACAACCUCCUCCAGAGGGACAACACGACAUCGAAAUUGAUUUCGAGCAUAUCCCCUCACCAACAAAUAAAUUACCUAGUGACCUAGAUUUUGAUAACAAUACAGAUGCAAAGAACAAGAAUAAGAAUGAGGUGAAGAGGAUAAGGAAUGACAUGAUAGAAAUCACAUCAUUGUCUAGAGAAUUGAAAGACAUUGAUAAAUAUUUAAAUCCUCUACCUCCGCCACCUAUAUUCUAUUCUCUUAAUGAUGAUCAUCAAUUGAAUCAUUGUACUUUAUACAACAAUGAUCUAAAAAGAGAAAUAGAAUCAUGUUCAAAAAAUGUUGGUAGAAUUUAUUCAAGAUAUGAAAGUGAAAAGAAAGAGGAUGGAGUAGAAUGGUAUUGUGGGAGUGGGUUUAGAGCAAGCCCAAACCAUAUAAUAUCUGCAAGACAUGUAGUUAAACGCGAACAUAUGAUAAAUGAUCGAGUGUACAAGUUGGUCAACAUAUUUAUAUGUUUUGAAAUAGAUUGUACUAUUGGAAAGGAAGUAGAACUAGAAAAACUUGGAUUAAAUCAAUGUAGUAGUAGUAGUAGUACUACAGAUGGGAUCUAUGAAUUGGUAGAACUUGAUCGUCAAUUGGUAGAUUCUAACUAUCCCGAUAAAUUGACAUCAGGAUCAUUUAUUUGGAAUACUGUCAAUGACUUUACAAUCUUACAGUACAAAGAUAAAGAUAAUAUACCAUCAUCAUCAUCAUUGACACAUUAUUUAGUUCCUUCCUAUCCACCUAAUAGUCAAUUUGAAACUAUUUAUGUGGUAGGAUACCCUUCAUCCAUUAAAAUGGAGAAAUUCAAAGAGGAUUAUCCAAAAGAUUUAAAUGACCAAUCAUUGACAGAGUUUUAUAAUAGAGUCAAAAAACAAUCAGGAUACUUUGAACAAAAGGUUGUAUCGGUAGCGACCAACGGAGCCAUUCUCGAUGAUUCACUAUCGACUCAUAUGUGCCCAACGUUGCGAGGGGUGUCUGGUGGUCCAAUCAGUACCAAUGCAUCAGGCGACUCGAAAUUCAUCGGCAUUCAUAUUGGAGGUAGCAUGUCUAUGAAAAAUAAUUUCUCCAUAUCUGUUGGGCAUCCAGCAUUUGUCUUUCUGUAUUUCCAACAUAUAGCCAAUGAUGCAUUUAUUGAACAACAUCAACUGCAUCAAUACAAAGAAUACUAUUUAUCAAUUAAAAAUAAAAACAUGUAA